AGGCGCGCGCCCUGGCCCCGGCCGCCCGCUGGACCCCGGGGGGGGCCCUGGCAUGUCGGCCGCGAGAGCGCGGCGCGGCCCGGCAUGGACUGGCAGGAGGAGGGGUGGGACAUCUUCGACCCCAACGCGGCAUGGCGGAAGCAGAAGUGGUACGGCAGCGAGGGGGAGUGCGUGGAGUUCCGCGCCCAGCUCAUCUCCCCGCGGGGCUCGGGGGCGGCCCCGUCGCGGGACUGCGCCUACCCGCUGGCCGUCUACUUCGCCGGCCUCGACGAGAAGCCGGACGUGGUCAUCGAGCAGAUGGCCAGCGAUUGGGCGAAGAUCGCCCCGGAGCCCUUCUUAAUGGUCGCGGCCUACAAGCCGUGGGGCAUGUGGUGGUUCAUCGACAACGCAACGGGGGGGAGCGGUGGUUACGGGUGGGUGGACGGGGAGUUCCAAGACGAGUGGCAACUCCACACUCGGUGCCUGCGGCACCGUGGCGGAUUCGUGGACCACAGGCGCGUGGGCCUGUUCGGCUUCUCCGCCGGCGCUUAUGCGGUGGUGGAGCUCUUGAGCCACGGCUGCAUCGCGCUCAGCGGCGUGGGCAUAGCCGGCGUGCACGGCCACGGCCAGCACGACGUGUCCGACCUGCCGCCGGACAAGGCUCCCGGCGCCCAGCAGAAGUUCGCCGCGUUUCUCGGCCGCGUGCGCGCGCACUCUGGGGCCCCUUGGAUCGAGGUCACGCACGGCACGACGGACCAGAUCUCCAAGUGGUCAGAGGCCAAGGAGAUCAUCUCCUGCCUGGCCCAGCGGCAGGAGGAGCUCGGAAUGCCAGCCGUCCACGUGAGGGAGCUGGAGCCGGAUCAGCAGGACUGCAAGCCGUCCAAGAAGAAAAACAGGGAUCACCACAACUACUUCCAGGCGUCGUUCUACCGCCGGGAGUUCUUGGUGGCGCUGCUCGGCGGUCCGAAACCUGCGCGUCCGAUUCCAAGGAAGAUCCAGGAAGUGCACUAUCCAGUGGUGCUGCCGCGCACAGACGCCACCGCGCACGGGGAAGCUGCGAAGCAGUGCUGUGGUAAGAAAGCUGCUGGCCCGACGCAUGCCAGCCGCGGCCGGAGACCGUCUGCGGAUUUCGAGUGGAACAGCGAGACGGAUGGUGAAGCCGGCGGAGCAGACAAGUGGAGCAGAAAGCGAAAGUGGAGCUGGUUCUCGCCCACAGACCACGCGCAGAUCGUGAAGCGGUUCAUCGAGAUGGAGCAGAAGGGGCGAGUGAUCGAUGCGUCCAGUGGCAAGAAGUGGGAGGUCCGGCAUUGGACCGAUAAGGUCGACCUCAACGAUGCCGCGAAGGUCGCCGACCUCAUCAAGGAGGGCGUCCUGCUGCCAACCGACUGCGCGCAGGCGCCGGAGGCCAUGGCCGAGGCCGAAGCCGAUCAGGCCGGGAUGGAAGACGUCACAUCGACGGAGACCUGGGAGGCGUGGCCGCGCAGCCUGUCCGUGGAGGGCUGCGCGCACCCGGCGUUUGGGCCCGCGCUGCGCGGCGCCUACGCGCUGGGGGCCGAGAACCACGGGCGGCCAGUGUACAGGAAGGCCGACGCCAGCGGCGCCGUGCUGUACUUCUGGGACGCACGGGACGGCCCCGAGCUCCAGGGCUGGUGGUUCGGGUCCGCCGUGGGCGGCGACGCCGUCAUGGCCUUCAACGGGCAGGCUAGCGAGGUGCCGCCGUCGGCCGGCUGGACCUGCCCCGUCGGCGUCUCUCUGGACCCCUCGCUGGUGGUGCGGGCGCCCCCGGAGUCGUACACGUGA